AUGGCUAAGACAGCAAAAAGAGUCAAGCUAUUCCUGUUCAGGUUUACGGUGGACUUGCGAGUAAAAAUAUACAACGCUCGUCUACUAAACAGUCACUACACCACCACCACCACCACUAACGAUUUAAUUGACGCCACGAACUUCGUUAUAGACUUCGCUGCACGGAAGUCCAUCACCAUAGGACUCGAUCCGUCGGACGUAUUCAACGUAUCCGUACAGAUAAUAACACCAUCGCGUUAUGUAAGCAUAACAAGUGACUUUUUGCGGCGUAUUUACUCAUUGAUGGGAUAUAUUCUCUCAAUUAUAUCCGACCCACCUGUUAAAAGUCGCGAGAGACUUUUCCUAAAAGACGAAAUUAACACGCUGUCCAAAACUACUUAUCGUGUCGAAAAUAUGCUCGUAAUCGAGUCACAUCUCCGUCAAGGAUGUCGCGUGCUUUUGAGCAGGCAAAAUCUACUAAGGCUUCAAGAUAUGCAAUGGGCAAUCGACGAAUCGAUCGCGCGAAAAUCUAAUGUCGUACGAUCUAUAGUAAUGGAGCAAACUGACCUAAUUGCGUCAUAUUUAAGUAUGAACGUUUAUGUGGAAAAAUCUGCGUGCGUUGAAGAAAUGAUUGCUGCCACCCGAAAUAUUCAUAACAAUUUACACACAAUGAAUAUAAUACCGGAGAGUCAAUGCAGUUUCAUUAACCAGAUUAAAUUGUUCGCCAACAAACAAUUAGCAUUGUGUUGGUCGGCGAACGUUCAGGCUAGCAGCGCGCAUUGUUUACCCAAUAGUGAUAGCAACGGCAACGGUGUUAACCGUGAUACCGCUUGGUCAGCGAACGUUGGAGAUUCCACCUUGCAUUGUUUACCCAAUAGCGAUGGUGGUUGCGGCAACGUUGUUAACCGUGGUGGCGGCAACGUCAGAGCUGGAGAGUUUAUCGGUUUCCAUGAAAAUAUCGACCCUACAUUGCUGACAUUUAUGCAGUGUACCGAUAAUGGUGUCCAGAUGCUGUAAUCUGCCCACUACAUUCAAUCAAUCGUCCGUCAAGGAUACAAGGGGUUAGAAAGAAUGCCGGUCCCGUUAUAAGAUGAAACACAUGUGCAUUAUAAUACUUUUCUGUACUAUCUGUAUUUAGGUCAUCCGCUCACGCAUUAAUAUAACAUAUUUUGUACAUUUUGUAUUACUUAUAUUAUUGUAAAGACUUGUACAUGCAUGUAAUAUUGUUGAAUUUCUUCAUAUUAUAUUAUACUUUGG